AUGACAUCGCGCCAUGUGUCACACGACAAUGCGUCUACCUUCCUGAGACGUUGCUUUGCAAAUCCUUCUCGCAUGCGGCUGCUUUGUAGCAAGAAGGCCGGACGGGAAGGGGGCGAGUGCUUGACUGUCUCGGUGGAGAUCGGGCCGGCUGGCCCUAUCGUGGAGGUGCAGGAGACCAGCAUGGCAGAAGGUUGGACGGGCUGCCGCUUCUCGCCCUCUGCCUUGUGGCUAGCGCUCAAGGUGGCGGAGCCGAGCUUCGCGCGCCUCACCGGCCUCGGCAGCCCUGAGCUGAAGGACCUGAAGGACCUGAAGAACCCGAAGGCCCCGAAGGCCAUCGAGUUUGGAUGCGGGGUCGGCCUGGCAGGACUGGCCGCCCAUGCCGUCGGAUAUGACACCACACUCACUGACUGUCUGCCGGGUCAUCUCAAGAACCUCUCGGCGCACGUCGGGAAGCUGAUGGCAAAGGCUUCAGGCGCUUCAGGCACUUCAGGCACUUCAGGCACUUCAGGCACUUCAGGCACACGCGGUCUGCAUGUCCGCUUUCUGGAUUGGAUCUCAGAUGUCGGUGCUGACCUAACUGGGUGUUCAGUCGACUUGGGAUCACCGGAGAACGUGGCAGCCAGCUCUGACUGGGAACGUUUGGAUGAGCAGGAGUUGAACAGCUUCGACCUGGCGCUUGCAAGCGACGUGGUGUAUGAGCAGCACCAUGCUAUCCUUCUGCCGAGGGUGAUGCAGCGCUGGCUGAAGCCAGGAGGUUUCUGGGCCGUUUGCCUCGCUAUUCGUGAUGCAGAGAUGAGCUGUUGCUUCCUGCAGCAGCUGAACGAUUGUGGACUGAUGCCAAGAUCUGCCGAGCACAUUGUUAUAGAGACGGCAUGCAAACCAGAUCGCUGUUCCUACUGCUCCUCGCGGGAUCUCAGCUGGCCUGCAGAAGCGUCACUGCUGGACAGGACUUUCGGAAAGCAGCAGUGCAGCUGUUGA